ACUUCUUAAAGUUGCCAGGGUUGAGAAACACUGCUUUAGACUGUUGAUUAUUUCUCCUCUUGAAACUAAACUCAUGCAGGAAAUAAGUAAUUAUUUCAUUUCCUUACUUUACAUAAACAUUUUUCUUUGAUGUAGCUUCUCACUUCCAUGUUGUAAUUUGGUAUUACAAAGUCUUCAUUGAAUUGGAAAUCCCGCUUGGAUGCAUAUCUUGGUGUGUUAACGCUUUUCCACUAAAAAUAUUUUAGUUACUGCAGAAGGAAGGUACAGAAGUGGAAAUAUACAUGUUUUAACGAAAUAGUGGAAAUAUAUAUGUUUUAAUAAUUAUGGAUGCUGCCAUUGUACCAAGCCUCAAAAAAGAAAAAGUCAAGAUUUUUUGCUUUUAUUCUACCUUCUUUAUGCUGACUGAUCUGAAAUCUCAAUGGAUGUUUUUGAUAAUUGUCUUUAUUUUUCUAAUUCGUUUGUGACAGGAAUAAGCCAAUAAGAUGAUUAACUGUUUUGCAGGAAAAAAAGAAAUAUUUCUGCAGCCUUAAUGUUCAAACCCUGCCAUUCUCAGAAGUGUGGAUCAUUAUUUCCUGGUGUACAUUUUAAAGUGGAGGAGGAGAAAGAUUGAUUGAUUGUUAAAUGGAUGUUUAAUUAACACCUUCAGUACUUUGUGUUUGUAAAUAUAUAUAGGAACCAGAUGAAGUAUAAUGUGUGAAUGUUACUGACAUCAUGACAAGUGUUAGACAGAGAAAGGGAAUAAAAAACACCGAUGUUCCACAAGAUUGUCUAUCACAGGAGAAAAACUGGAAACUUAAUGGGAAGAACAUAGCUGGUGCAAAACUGUGGAAGAAGGUUUCACUUGUUGUUGGUGGAAUCGUGGGCCUUUCCUUGGGAAUACUCACAUCUGUUUACAUUGCUACACUCCAUGAAAAUGAUCUGUGGUUUUCAAACAUCAAGGAAGUGGAACGGGAAAUUUCCUUCAGGACAGAAUGUGGCUUGUACUACUCUUAUUACAAACAGAUGCUGGAGGCUCCAUCUAUUCAACAAGGUUUACACAGCUUGAUCUAUGACAAUAAAACUGAAUCCAUGAGGACAGUUAAUAUACUUGGAAGAAUGAAUGUUUAUCAAGAAGUAUUUCUCAGCAUUCUAUAUACAGUAUUUCAUAUGAAAAAAUUUUUAGAACCUGUUUAUUUUUACAUCUACACACUGUUUAGCCUUCAAGCCGUGUAUGUCAUUGCCUUAUACGUGACUAGCUGUCUGCUUAGUGGAACGUGGCUUUCGGGUGUAUUAGCUGCUGUUUGGUAUAUAGUUAACAGAAUAGAUACAACCCGAGUGGAAUUCACCAUCCCACUAAGAGAAAACUGGGCACUGCCAUUCUUUGCUGUUCAACUCGCCGCAAUUACGUUCCUCUUCAGACCACAUUUACGAUCUACUCAUGAAAGGUUGACACUUCUGGCGGUGUUUAUUGCAACCUUCCUCUUAAGUGUGACUUGGCAAUUUAAUCAGUUUAUCCUGUUGAUCCAAGCAAUGGCUUUGUUCACGCUCGACUGUCUUGACGUGAUUCCCGAAGGAAAAGUCAUGUGGAUCUAUAUCAUACAGGUGGCCAGUCUGCUGAUGGUUUACAUCUUACAGUUCUUUAAUUCCAUGAUAGUUGGAUCACUGCUUGUAAGCUUUAAUAUGUCGGCCUUGUUAGCAAGAAAACUUCAGAAUAAUUUGAAAACUGGAGGCUUGUUUAGCAGAGUUGGGAAACUUCUCUUUCAUGUGCUGUUAGUGCUGUGCUUGACAUUCCUUGUAAAUAAUCUUAUUAAGAGAAUUUUAAAUCUGGAAUCAGAUGAGCAUAUAUUUAAAUUUCUGAAAGCAAAAUUUGGAUUUGGAGAAACAAGAGAUUUUGAUGCUAACCUGUACUUGUGUGAAGAAGCUUUUGGUCUUUUGCCUUUUAAUACUUUCACAAGACUUUCAGACACGCUAGUUCUUUAUGCCUACUUAUUUGUACUUUUGAUAACGGCCACAUCAGCUGCUGUCGUGUCUUUUCAAAACCUCAGUGGUCGCGCAAGCAUCAAAUCAGCGGAUAACCUACCCAUGUCCACAACAGUGUUAAAACCUGCCACAGCUUACCACUUGGUGCACACUAUUUCAUUUGGGCUCCUGGCUUUAAGCACAAUGAGGAUGAAAUAUCUUUGGACUUCCCACGUAUGUAUGUUUGCAGCUUCGGGCCUGUGCAGCAGUGACAUCUGGGGACUGAUUUUGAAACGUGUUCAUCUUCACACACCCAAACGGGUAUCUGGGAUUAGGUAUUUAACACCAAUCCUUGUACUACUGUAUCUUUGUUAUAAGUUCCUGCCUGGAAUAAUGGCAGAGCUGUCAGAGCUGAGAGAAUUCUAUGACCCCGACACAGUGGAGCUAAUGGACUGGAUUAAGUCCAACACGCCAAAGAAAGCAGUGAUUGCAGGAAGCAUGCAGCUCUUAGCAGGGGUUAAGCUUUGCACUGGAAGAAUUUUAACAAAUCAUCCCCACUAUGAAGAUAAGAGUCUGAGAGAAAGAACAAAACAGGUUUAUCAGGUGUAUGCCAAAAGAUCACCUGAAGAUGUUCAUAGGAUCCUCAGAUCUUUUGGCACUGACUUUGUGAUCUUGGAGGACAGCAUCUGUUACGAAAGAAGGCAUAGCAGAGGUUGCCGGUUGCGUGACCUUCUCGAUAUUGCCAAUGGCCACACGAUGGAUGGUCCUGGUGAAAACGAUCCUGAUCUGAAGCCUUCACCGUACCCUCGCUUCUGUGAGGAGAUCAAAAGAAAUCUGCCCUCGUAUACAAUGUAUUUUACUAAAGUCUUCCACAACAAAACAUUCCAUGUUUACAAACUGGCUCGACAUAAAAAAAUCCCAUAGCUUUGCUACACCAGUAGUAGAAAACACUAGUUUAUAAAAACAGCUCAUUUUAAAAAAAAAGUGAAAUUGUUUUACACUGGUUGAAAGUGUUUACUUUUUAAUUCCUCUGACAAUUCAAGAGAGUUUGCUUUGAUAACAUUUUUCGUGUCCCAAAAUAUAUGUAAGUUAUCAAAGGCUAGUUGACAGAAGCCUCGGGUAUAUACAGAACACAGAUCAUAAAAAGUAAAUAUUUCAUAAAUUCCA